GUGCCUUACAGUUGGGCAGUGGCGGUAGUUAGUAGACGCUGCUAAUAUCCAUUUAGAUUUUAUUUAUUUUUAGGCCUUUUUAAAGUAAAAACGUGCGUUGUGUCGUUUGACUUUUUCUACAUAUAACAGAAUUGUUUAUUUCUUUGGAUGACCCUCUCUGUUCUCUUGCUGGCCGAGAACAAGCUGAAUCAGAUGGGAACCGAGGAGCGAGAUUGGGUGGAUGUGGCCAACGAUCUCAUCUGCAAGUGUCGCAUUAACCUGAGGAUACAGAGGCUCACAGAGUGUGACGCCAGUGUGUUCGUGGCCUUAUAUGAAGCUAUCUUGGGAGAAAAAGUGCCAGAUUACAUCGUUGUGCCCAAGAGCCAAGAGGACGACAUCCACAACAUACAAUCUGUGAUUGACUCGCUGGCCCUGGACUAUCUCCAGAUCAGCUUAUCCCACAUCACAGGUGAGAACAUUGUGAAAGGACAUAAGGAUUCCAUUCGUAACCUCCUGGAGAUCUUUGAUGGGCUGCUGGAGUAUCUCACGGAGCAGCUCAGUGACGAAGAAGAGUUCCCAAAUGGAGACCUCAACGGUACAGAUCACCCUGCGGAAGCACGAGAACAAGAUAAAGAGGAGAAACUGUCUCAGAUCUCUAGCACACAUUCCGCUGGCCCGUCCAGUAAAUACUCCCUCCAUUCCUGGAAUGGGAAUGAAUCCGAGUCAACUGGCGAGCUCAUCCGUCUGGGCGAUUCAGCCCGUACAUUCACCACGAAGCAAGAAGUGCGGUCACAACCUCUUUCAUCUGUAAUUUCUAUUGAAAAAUCUCCUAGUGCCCCUGACGUACCCACAACUCAACCCUGUCAGCCUCAGGAGCCUUUCCCCUCUGCCAUUCCCCCUCAGCCUUCCCAACAGACCACUCCUCAACAGGCGGGGAGACCCCCGUCAUCACCACCUCCCACAGAGGAUAAUGAGGGAGACACAGAAGGGACAAACAAACAGAAUGGUCAUUCGUCUAAGUGUAAUGGUGUUCAGAGUAACGGGAUCCACACAUCUGCAGGAAGUGAGAAGUCUGUACAGAGUCUGAAAGAAACGCAGCCCGAGGCUCCCAAAGCACAAGCGGAGGGUGGUAGUGAGGGAGCACGGCGUGUCCUCUUUAACACUCAGCCGGACGUCCUGCUUCUCUCCCACCCACACGGACAUAGCCACAGAAAGGGCACACGCACACACAGCCGAGAAGAAGACAAGCAGAGUGAUGAAGAGCGGAUCCACAGCUCCGGCUCAUCAUCUGGAAGGCGGAAAAGCUACAGGAGCAGGAGGCUAGUGGAGGAAAGUGAAGACCCGUUAUCCAGACGCAGUCAGAAGAACAGACAGGCUGAGCAAGAGCUGCACGAAAUGUCUGAGAAACUGGCUCGCCGUCUCGAGGAACUCGAUCUAAUGCUGAAGAGGGCUCUCGGGGAGACAGCAGACCAACCAAAGCCUGCAGAAGAGGACAAACACUCCCACCAUAGUGACAGUGUCAUGGAGUGUAGACGUGUCCCCAGAACCACAGACAGGGCCAGUGUGGACCGACCUGCUCGCGCACGCUCUCUUUCACCGUCUCCUCCUCCUGUAUGUCAUUCCAGUCAGAGCGUGAUAGAGGGCGCUCCGCUCACACACAUGAGGCAAAACACGACCCGGAGGCGUCAUGAUAAGCCCAGACACUUUCAGGACCAGCACAGAAAAAGCCAGAUGGUAGCUGAAGCUUAUGAUGCAGAGCUGAAGAACUUGAAUGAGCAGCAGAGAAUAGACUUGGCCAUCGAGAGACUGCGAGCUCAGGAAGCUGAGCGGCAGUACAGAGAGGCCAUACGUAAAGAAGCGCAUCACGCUUCAAAAUCUCCUAACUACAGACCCAAAUCAGCUCUCUCAGUCAAGACUCCCCGCUCGAAACCCGCGGCUCCUACCCGACCACGCGCCCAGACUCGUAAAACAGCCCAACUGCGAGUGAAGGAGAACGACUUGUUGCCAGUUCUGUUGGACGACUUCCCUCCUCUGCAGUUCUCUUCUCACACUCUGUCCCACAUGUGGAAACAGCAGCUCCAGCAGGUCGACCAGCUGAGUGCUCUGAACAACCAGCACAAACACGCACACAAACACACCAACCAGGUAGAGGAGGCACAGAAGAGACACGAUCUGCUCAUGGAUAUCAUCCGCAAAGAGCAGGAGCACAAUCGUCGUCUGAAGGAUUUCCGAGAGAGAAUCCAGCAGCAGAGGUCCACGCAGAAUAAGCUGCGGGAGCAGAGACAGCAGGUGGCCCGCGCCCGCAAAUACCACAACGAUUACCACGUCCAGCUGCGUGCCCGACUCCUCCGAGCCCGCACGCGAGAGGAGAGGAUGUUUCGGCAGGUGUUCGAGGAGGGUCUGGAGCUGCAAAAGGCCCGUCUGAGGGAACAGCGCGUGUACGCUAAAGAACAGCGACAGGAGCAUGUACGCAAACACAAAGAUGAGAUCGAGGCCAUGGAGAACUACUACAAAGACCAGUUUUCCAUGCUGGCUGAAAGACUCGCUCUGGAGCGCCAUGACAUCCAGGUACGGAAGAAAGCCCAGGAAAAGGCUCUGCAAAAGAUGAAACGGGAGCUGAGGAGCAAGAUGGAGCGAGAGAUCAACGAGUUGCAGAAGAUCAUCAUUCGGGAUGAUGAGGAGGAUUACUUCCGCGAGUUGGAGGUGGAGCGGCUGCGCAGGCGAGUGCAGAUGGCCUCCUUCCAGUAUGGCACAAGCUGCACGAACUGACUCCUGUUGCAGGGUAAACGCAUCAUCUAGUGACCAGUCUCAACCUACGCUUACCCUAACACCAGGCUGGAGUUGUUUCUACUUUUACACAUGCAAAUACUGAGCUGCAUUAUUGCACAAGGGCUUCUGAUGAGCACAUUUUUACAUGAUGCGUCCUGUAAAAGCUGAGUGGAGGAAUCUUGAGUAGGAACGAAUGACACAAAUCUAUCACUUUUUUCUUUCUUUUUUUUUUUUUAAGGACAUUUUGACGGGCAGAGAAUACAUCGAGAUAUUUAGGUUGGAUAGUGCAUCAUGAAGAAGAAAUGGUUUUUAUUAAACGUCUACCAAAAUUAAUCUUUCAAGGUCGGAGCUGCGGCUUGUUACUGUGAGUAACAGUGAUCGGGUUCAUAAAUGUGUUUAGGCAUUUGUGACAUAAUUUAUUGCAAUAUUUGAUGCACAAAUUAGAGGAUGUGACAAUAUAUAUAGAAUCUAUAAGAUUUAGAUUUCCCAAUAUGCAACCAGUAAGGAUUAUAUACAAAAUAUAUAAAACGAAUUAUAUGCAACAUAUUUAAAAAAAAAAAAAACGCCUUAUGUCUCAAUGCCUUAUUCACUUUUUUCCUUUUUUUUUUUCCUCGCCACUUGUACUGUCAUAUAUGCCGGAAACUGUGACUCUGAAUUAAUACUUUAUUGUAAAUGAGGUUUUUUUUCUUUCUUUUUUUUCACACCAUUCCAUACCUAAAGUCAUGAUUGCAAUGGCAUGUUGUGCAACAAUAUGAUUUGCAUAGCAUGUAAAUAAUUUCUCUCUAAUUAUCUCUAUAUACCGUUCUGAUAAACCUCAUUAAUUACACAAGCAAAAGAAACCAUGCAUGAGUCAAGCUGAGAUUUUCUCUAAUUACAUACGACGUGUCAAAGUUCCUCCUGCCAAUCCUGAGGUCUGAGACUCAUCUAAUUAUCUCCUCUCAAACCUUAUCUUGACUGUGUUUCAUUCCUUUUCAACAGUGUUUGUUGAUUUUAUUAUUGUAAUAAGUAUAAUGGUUUUUGUCUUUUUCUGGGUUUUAUGAUUCAAUUCGAACUGUUUUUAAACUAAAGUAACUCUUCAGCUGCUAUUGUUUCUUAUUGGAACUUAAAAACACCUGACCUGUCAGUGUCUUGUUUGUGCGAGUGUAAACACAGGGUUACUCUACUGUUUAUUGCAAAACAAUGUUUUUUAUUGUGAAACUGUAAAUCACAUCAGCUCCAUGUAGCUUCUAAGGCAUAUUUAUUGAAAGAAAACUGGGAUCUGUUCAUGAAAACAUGUCGUACGUGGACACUAAAUUACUGGACGUCUUUUGAAAACGGUUCUGGAUCCUCACGUGAAGACCUGCAUAGGCCAAGUCCUCCACCAGAAACACACACUGAACCUUUAACUUGCUGCUAACAGAGUCUUCCUCCAUCACUAAACUGCUGAUGCAAGUCUAAAAGAUCCUGUUUUUACUAUUCUUUUCUUUUUUGGUGGCGAUAGAAAAACGAAUGAUUUUGCACCUUUCCACCCUGACGUGGACCGUUGAUUAUUAUGUGGCUGUUAAUAAUGAUCUGCAAAUCUUUUUAAAUUAUUUUAUUUUGGAAUUUCUCAUUGCUGGAUCGGUCUUCCUGACUGUGUGAAACUUGUUUGUUAUAAUUUAAGUAUUUAUUAAAUUGCACAAACUGA